CGCUGACUGUCAGUGAAAUUUAUUAGCAGUCAAACUGUCAGAAGAAAUGUGUUAGCAGCGCAUGGAGGGGCCGGUACUGCGGUUACCCCGUUGGAAGAGUGGAGAGGAAUAGAGAUGCUGCGCGGAGUCAACGAGAGUUAGGUCAGGGGUGGUGGAAGAGGACGGUCAUGUGGUGUAGGAGAAAACAGAGGCACAGACUUCGGAAUGCCACAGGCUGUCUCACUGCUGCCCUUCCUGCUGGUGCUCAUGGGAUACGCUUUUGCAGGGCUGAAUAUCUGGCCCUCGUUCCACGUCGCCCUUAGCAACGCCAGUGUAUUUGUGGAGUUCAGCACAAAAUCCAACAUCAGCACCAUCCGCAACACAAGCCUCUCUCUGGUCAACACGGAAAACAACACCACCCUUCUGACCAGGACUCUCCCCAACAACCAAUCGGCCGGUCGGGUGGAGUUCGACUGCUCCUGCUUCCUGUAUGCAGGAACUUUUAGGUUCCUGUUGAGGCAGACCAGCACCACUGCUCUUUCUCAUGCUAAUGGAACAGAUGCCAAUAGCGCGGAGAGCACCACUUGGUGGUGGAGUUCAGAACUGCAGGUGCAGUGGCCUACCUUUCACAUCUCUGUGGAGAGGGCUGGAAACCACUCAGGGACUUUUCAGGUUGGGAUUUCCACUAAUGAACAUUUUCAGGCUUGCUCCAGCGGCCUCGACACUGCUCUCUUCCUGGAAGUCAGCUACGUGGAGCACAACCAGAUCGGGCGAAACACCAUCGACAAGGUCCGAACCCGCACACGACACACAAUCAGACCCCUCCGUUUCCAGAGCAUCGAGCUGUCCUGUGCUUUCCUGUUCACAGAAAGAGACUUCAUACGAGUGGCUCUGCGGUCACCUCAUACAGCACAGGAAGUCAAGAGCUCUGGUCCUCUCUACCUGUCACGUAUCUUCUCCUAUAAACUGCUCGUGGGAAACGCCAACACUUACCAGAGUGGCUGUGAAGGGACUAUGACUGUUAAACUGAUAACCCCACCGUGUGCUCACAUCAAUGGGAAAGUAUUGCUGUAUAAGGAUGCAGGUGUUGGAGGAGGGGUUGCUGUUGGUGGAACAGCACUGAUGGGGUUUAGUCCAGAGGAGCCCUCCUCUCCUCCGUUGGCCUUUAACUGGCUGACUCAGGGAGAGAAUGAGACAGAAUUCAACUGCUCUGUGUUUUACCCGGGAAGGAAUAAGUACUGCUUUCGCUUUGUUUUCAACUUCAGUCGCUCCCCAAGUCCAGCACAGACCUGUUUGGUGGUUCACAAGACUGCAGAGUCAUGGGGGCCCUGGCAGCCAUGGAGUGCGUGCAGUGUGAGCUGUGGAGAGGGAGUAAGGGAGCGAGCGCGUGAGUGUUUGCUGCCCUCAAGUGUGGGAGGGAUGCAGUGCACUGGCAUGGUGAAGGAACAGUCCCUCUGCUCACUGGAGGACUGUGUUGUGUUGCCCGCUCCUUCUCCAUCCCUCCCCUCUACACCUGUUGACGUUGCACCCCUAGGUGGCAACAUGGUCGUGGUGGCUGGUAUCUCCCUUUGCCUGACUGUGAUUCUGGCUACCGUUGUGGUGGCUGUGUGGAGAAAGCUCUGCCGGACCCCUCAGUGCAGCUCUGUCCGCAGAGGCUCCAUGCAUUCCCCUGGGGGACGCAAGCUCUCCGAUGAGGCCUCCAUUUGUGGACACAGCCUUCAAAGACCCAGCCUGUCCGACGGCCAUGGUCCACCAGGGAACAUGGGUGUGGGUGUAGCCCAGAAAGACAGGCCUUCCCUGGGCAAUCAGCCUCUCCCACAGACCCUGGUUUUACCCCUCUCACAGGACCCAGAAAGGCUGUCUCCCACAGGUCAGAAGAUGUUACCACCAAUAUUUGGUUACCGAUUGGCUCAGCAGCAGCUGAAAGAAAUGAAGAAGAAAGGGUUAAAGGAGGCCACACAGCUGUAUCAUGUCUCUUCAAGCCCAGUCCAUGACACCUUGGUGGAGACAUCUGCUUCACCCACCAACUCCCCGAUUCCUACACCAACCAGUUUCGCUCAUUCCGUCCUCCCUUUGGGCCUCCACGAUGAUGCCAACCACAACCAUUUUCGUAUUGCAGCUCCCUUCUCUGAGACACCAUCGCAGACUUCGAGGGCCACGCCGGAUAGACUAAGUCCCAGAGUGGAGCUGGUCUUAGGUCCUCCUGUCUCUACAAGUGGGGGCAGCUCAAAAUGGCGUGACCGCACUGCCGACUGGGUCGAGAUGGUAGAGAGGAGCGGGUUAGCAGGUCUCAGGGGAGGAGGAGAUGCAGGAAUGGGAAACUCUAAUCACAAGAACCCAAAUUUCCGCCGGACAUCCAGUUUCAAUGACACCAAACCCCAACCUCCAUCCUCUGCACAGUCCAGACACUUCAGAGAACGGAGCAUGACCCAGGUGGGAUCUCGGACCCUUCCUGAAGGAAGUUGUUGGACCAAAGGAGGAUGGGAGAGGCACCCAUACCGCUCUUACCCCAUUCCAGAGCAUGGGGCCUCAGACUGGGCUAAAUCCAGACCCCAGAGAAAUGACCAGAGGAAGCCCUGGAUAGAGACAGCCGUUCCCUCUCACAACAGUGAAGUCAAACAUAUAGGAACCAGCACAAACAGUAUUUCAGCAUCAGAGAAACAGAAUAAAGUAGACCUCAUUGGUACUGGGGAAAGGCAAAGGUGUGGUGAGUCUGGAGGUAGAGCUAGAGAAGGGAUAUCAGGUAUUGGGGGUCCAGCCACAGGGUCUGCUGGUUCUACUGCAGUGAACCAGCUGAGUGUGGAUAGGGCAGAGCGGGCUGAGCAGAACUGGAACCGUCGUGGGCCGUCGCCUAUCCAGAGGAACAUCCUGGCCCGGAAAUUGAAGGAGGCUCAGUCAUCCUCUGGGGUCAAGGGGCGGCAGCGAAGCUCCACCUUUAGUGCAUCAUCCUCUGAGCAGAGGAAAGAUCGCUGCCGCUCUCUGCCAAUGUCUGGAGACUACAGCAACGGCGGCAGCUCACCCUACAGGCUGAGUGAGGCAGAACAGAGGAUGCUGGACCUUGAUCUGUCCUCAUCAUAA